ACCAGCAUUUGAGCUGGUGGUCGGACAAGCAGCAGUAAGCUCUUAACUGCCGCUCCUCCACCCUCUUUAAAAAGAGCUGAAUUUGAUUAAAAAAUUUAGGUGAUUUGAUCCUAAAUGUAGAAGUCAUUUGGACUACAGACUUCUGAGUUCUGUUUCCAGUUGAUUUUUUUCCAGUCAUGCCCAGAAAAUCUGGGAAUUCAUUAGUUCUUUGAAGACAAAGCAAGAAGAGUGCUUAAAUGAGUUCCAGAAAGAAAGGCCCUUGCCUUUCUGGCCAGCAGUUUGCUGAAGGAGAUGACAUCAUGAAGCUGCAGCCAAGUGACAGGCGGGUCCAAAAGGCAAGAAGUGUCUCCUCAGGACACAAGUCAACAGAGCCAAGGAGUCUUCAACCAACUCUUCAAAGAAGACGGCGAGGCCGCUCUAUGAAGAAAAGUCGUUCUGUGGAGAAAGGUUACUCUGAGGAGAAAACCUGUACAGUGGAGAAAAUUCCCUCCACCGAGAAAAACCUGUCUGCUGAGAAGCCUCCUCCCAUCACUGAGAGGCAUCGCACUAGAGUUAAAAGCCCCUCGGCCAAAAAGCUGCUGAUAGCAGAGAAGCAUCCCAAUGCUGAAAAAAGCCUUACUACAGAGAAGAGAUCCUCUGCCGAGAAGUACUCUCCAAAUGAAAAAGGUCAGAUGACCCAGAAAAGUUCUGCUGGGAGGCGCCACUCUGAGACACAUGGGUCUGGAAAGAGCCCUCACUUUUCUGAGAAAUGCCACCCUACAGAGAAAUGUCAUUCAAGUGUGAAGCGUGGCUCCUCAGACAAAGAUCAUCCUGCAGAUAGAGGUCGUUCCAGUAAGAAAAGACGCCCUACAGAAAAACCUCAGAAAGGUCGGUUGACAGGGAGAAGUCCCUAUGCUCCUGCCACAAUGAGAGGGCGUCCUACAAAAAGAGGUCAACCCACAGAGAAAGGCCUUUCUACUAAGAAGGGUCCCUCUAAUGAGAACCGAACCCCUGCAAAGAAAGGCUGCUCAGCCAAGAUACAUAGCUCUGCAGAGAGAGAUCAGCAGAUACAGAAAGGUGGUGCUACAGAUAGUAGAGUCCCUAGAGAGAAAUACUGCCCUUCAAGGAGAGGUCGGCCUGCCAAAAAAAGUCGUCUGGAAGAGAAGGGCCACUUAGAAAAAAGUGCCUGUGCAUCAAGAGGAAGUUCUUCAGGAAAAGAUCUCUCUGCAGGAAGAGUUCACUGCAACAGAAGCAGCCCUGCAGAGGAGGGUGAUUUAGUCAAGUGUAGUAUCUGUGAAUCCAGUGUACCCUCUGCAGGGACAGAUUGCUCUGCAAGAAGUCACUCCAACAAAAGCAACCCUGGAGAGAAGAGUCCCUCCUUAGAGAGUGGAAUCUUUGCAUCAAGAGUAGCCUCUGCAGGAAAAGAUCACCAUGCAGGAAGAGGGCACACCAAAAAAAUCCGUAAGGCAGAGAAGGGUCGCUUGGUGGAGAAAUGUAGCAGUACAUCAAGAGGACCCUCUACAAGGAAAAAUCGCUCUGGAGGAAGAGGUGGCCCCAACAAAAGUGGCACUGUAGAGGAGGGUCUGUCAUUCGAGGAUAGUAGCAGUCCAUCCAUAGGACAUUCUUCAGGGAAAUACCCAUCUGGAAGAAGAGGUCGCCCUAACAAACAAGGCCCUGCAGAGAGGGGUCGUUCUGUUGAAAAUAGUAGAAGUACAUCAAGAGGACCCUCUUCUGGGAAAGAUCGAUCUCGAGGAAGAUGUCGCCCUAACAAACAAGGCCCUGCAGAAAGGGUUAGUUCAGUUGAGGGUAGUAGUAGUCCAUCAAGAGAAACCUCUGUACCUAAAGAUCGAUCUGCAGGAAGAAGUGGCCUCAUCAAAAACAGCCCUGGAGAGAGGGUUAGUUCUGUGGAAAGUAGUAGCAGUACAUCAAGAGGACCCUCUUCAGGGAAAGACCAAUCUGGAAGAAGAGGUCACCCAAACAAACUGGGCCCUGCAGAGAGAGGUUGUUCUGUGGAAAGUAGUAGCAGUACAUCAAGAGAAGGCUCUUCAGGGAAAGAUCAAUCUAGAGGAAGAGGUCGCCCCAACAAUCAAGGCCCUGCCAAGAGGGUUCGUUCAGUUGAGGGUAGUAGCCGUCCAUCAAGAGAACCCUAUGUUCUUAAAGAUCGAUCUGCAGGAAGAGAUUGCCACAUCGGACACAGCCCUGGAGAGAGGGGUCGUUCUGUUGAAAGUAGUAGUAGCCCAUCAAGAGGAACAUCUACAGGGAAAGAUCGAUCUGGAGGAAGAGGUUGCUCCAACAAACAAGGCCCUACAGACAGGUGUCGUUCAUUUGAGGGCAGUAGCAGUCCAUUAAGAGGAACCUCUAGAGGGAAAGAAAGUCUUGUAAGAAGAUGUCGCUCCAAGAAAAGUAGCCUUGCAGAGGGAUGGUGUUCAACCAAGUGUGGUAUCUGUACACCAAGAGGACUCUCUGUAGGGAAAGAUUGCCCUUCAGGAGAAGGUCAUCAAAACAAACAAGUCUCUGCAUAUGAGGGUCAGUCAGUUGAGGGUAGUAGUAAUCCAUUAAGUAGAUCCUCUGUAGCUAAAGAUCGGUCUGCAGGAAGAGGUCGCCUCAAGAGACACAGCCCUGCAGAGAGAGGUCAUUCUUUUGAUAGUAGUAGCAGUACAUCAAGAGGACCCUCAAGAGGUCGCCCCAACAAACACAGCCCUGCAGAGAGGGGUCGUUCAGUCAGCUGUAGUAGCAGUACAUCAAGAGAAACCUCUUCUGGGAAAGGUCGAUCUGGAAGAAGUGGUCGCCCCAACAAACAAGGCCCUGCAGAGAGUGUUCGUUCUGUCAAAAGUAGUAGCAGUACAUCAAGAGGACCCUCUUCAAAGAAAGAUCAACCUGGUGGAAGACGUCGCCCCAACAAACACAGCUCUGCAGAGAAGGGUCGUUCACUCAAGAGUAGUAGCAGUCUAUCAAGAGAAACCUUUUCAGGGAAAGAUCGAUCUGGAGAAAGAGGUCGCCCCAAAAAUCAAGGCCCUGCAGAGAGGGGUCGUUCAGUUGAGGGUAAUAGCAGUCCAUCAAGAGAACCCUCUGUACCCAAAAAUCGAUCUGGAGGAAGAGGUCACCUCAACAGACACAGCCCUGGAGAGAGGGAUCGUUCUGUUGAAAGUAGUAGCAGUCUAUCAAGAGGACCCUCUUCUGGCAAAGGUCGAUCUGGAAGAAGUGGCCGCCCCAACAAAGAAGGCCCUUCAGAGAGGGGUCGUUCAGUUGAGGGUAGUAGCAGUCCAUUAAGAGGAACCUCUAGAGGGAAAGAAAGUCUUGUAAGAAGAUGUCGCUCCAAGAAAAGUAGCCUUGCAGAGGGAUGGUGUUCAACCAAGAGAGGUAUCUGUACACCAAGAGGACUCUCUGUAGGGAAAGAUUGCCCUUCAGGAGAAGGUCACCAAAACAAACAAGUCUCUGCAUAUGAGGGUCAGUCAGUUGAGGGUAGUAGUAAUCCAUUAAGUAGAUCCUCUGUAGCUAAAGAUCGGUCUUCAGGAAGAGGUCGCCUCAAGAGACACAGCCCUGCAGAGAGGGGUCAUUCUUUUGAAAGUAGUAGCAGUACAUCAAGAGGACCCUCCUCGGGGAAAGAUCGAUCUGGAGGAAGAGGUCGCCCUAACAAACAUAGUUCUACAGAAAGGGGUCGUUCUGUCAAAAGUAGUAGCAGUACAUCAAGAGGACCCUCUUCAAAGAAAGAUCAACCUGGUGGAAGACGUCGCCCCAACAAACACAGCCAUGCAGAGAGGGGUCGUCCACUCAAGAGUAGUAGCAGUCUAUCAAGAGAACCCUCUUCAGGGAAAGAUCGAUCUAGAGGAAGAGGUGGCCCCAAAAAUCAAGGCCCUGCAGAGAGGGGUCGUUCAGUUGAGGGUAAUAGCAGUCCAUCAAGAGAACCCUCUGUACCCAAAAAUCGAUCUGGAGGAAGAGGUCACCUCAACAGACACAGCCCUGGAGAGAGGGAUCGUUCUGUUGAAAGUAGUAGCAGUCUAUCAAGAGGACCCUCUUCUGGCAAAGGUCGAUCUGGAAGAAGUGGCCACCCCAACAAAGAAGGCCCUGCAGAGAGGGGUCGUUCAGAUGAGGAUAGUAGCAGUCCAUUAAGAGGAACCUCUAGAGGGAAAGAAAGUCUUGUAAGAAGAUGUCGCUCCAAGAAAAGUAGCCUUGCAGAGGGAUGGUGUUCAACCAAGAGAGGUAUCUGUACACCAAGAGGACUCUCUGUAGGGAAAGAUUGCCCUUCAGGAGAAGGUCAUCAAAACAAACAAGUCUCUGCAUAUGAGGGUCAGUCAGUUGAGGGUAGUAGUAAUCCAUUAAGUAGAUCCUCUGUAGCUAAAGAUCGGUCUGCAGGAAGAGGUCGCCUCAAGAGACACAGCCCUGCAGAGAGGGGUCAUUCUUUUGAAAGCAGUAGCAGUACAUCAAGAGGACCCUCCUCGGGGAAAGAUCGAUCUGGAGGAAGAGGUCGCCCUAACAAACAUAGUUCUACAGAAAGGGGUCGUUCUGUCAAAAGUAGUAGCAGUACAUCAAGAGGACCCUCUUCAAAGAAAGAUCAACCUGGUGGAAGACGUCGCCCCAACAAACACAGCCAUGCAGAGAGGGGUCGUCCACUCAAGAGUAGUAGCAGUCUAUCAAGAGAACCCUCUUCAGGGAAAGAUCGAUCUAGAGGAAGAGGUGGCCCCAAAAAUCAAGGCCCUGCAGAGAGGGGUCGUUCAGUUGAGGGUAAUAGCAGUCCAUCAAGAGAACCCUCUGUACCCAAAAAUCGAUCUGGAGGAAGAGGUCACCUCAACAGACACAGCCCUGGAGAGAGGGAUCGUUCUGUUGAAAGUAGUAGCAGUCUAUCAAGAGGACCCUCUUCUGGCAAAGGUCGAUCUGGAAGAAGUGGCCGCCCCAACAAAGAAGGCCCUUCAGAGAGGGGUCGUUCAGUUGAGGGUAGUAGCAGUCCAUUAAGAGGAACCUCUAGAGGGAAAGAAAGUCUUGUAAGAAGAUGUCGCUCCAAGAAAAGUAGCCUUGCAGAGGGAUGGUGUUCAACCAAGAGAGGUAUCUGUACACCAAGAGGACUCUCUGUAGGGAAAGAUUGCCCUUCAGGAGAAGGUCACCAAAACAAACAAGUCUCUGCAUAUGAGGGUCAGUCAGUUGAGGGUAGUAGUAAUCCAUUAAGUAGAUCCUCUGUAGCUAAAGAUCGGUCUGCAGGAAGAGGUCGCCUCAAGAGACACAGCCCUGCAGAGAGGGGUCAUUCUUUUGAAAGUAGUAGCAGUACAUCAAGAGGACCCUCCUCGGGGAAAGAUCGAUCUGGAGGAAGAGGUCGCCCUAACAAACAUAGUUCUACAGAAAGGGGUCGUUCUGUCAAAAGUAGUAGCAGUACAUCAAGAGGACCCUCUUCAAAGAAAGAUCAACCUGGUGGAAGACGUCGCCCCAACAAACACAGCCAUGCAGAGAGGGGUCGUCCACUCAAGAGUAGUAGCAGUCUAUCAAGAGAACCCUCUUCAGGGAAAGAUCGAUCUAGAGGAAGAGGUGGCCCCAAAAAUCAAGGCCCUGCAGAGAGGGGUCGUUCAGUUGAGGGUAAUAGCAGUCCAUCAAGAGAACCCUCUGUACCCAAAAAUCGAUCUGGAGGAAGAGGUCACCUCAACAGACACAGCCCUGGAGAGAGGGAUCGUUCUGUUGAAAGUAGUAGCAGUCUAUCAAGAGGACCCUCUUCUGGCAAAGGUCGAUCUGGAAGAAGUGGCCGCCCCAACAAAGAAGGCCCUGCAGAGAGGGGUCGUUCAGUUGAGGAUAGUAGCAGUCCAUUAAGAGGAACCUCUAGAGGGAAAGAAAGUCUUGUAAGAAGAUGUUGCUCCAAGAAAAGUAGCCUUGCAGAGGGAUGGUGUUCAACCAAGAGAGGUAUCUGUACACCAAGAGGACUCUCUGUAGGGAAAGAUUGCCCUUCAGGAGAAGGUCACCAAAACAAACAAGUCUCUGCAUAUGAGGAGGGUCAGUCAGUUGAGGGUAGUAGUAAUUCAUUAAGUAGAUCCUCUGUAGCUAAAAAUCGAUCUGGAGGAAGAGGUCGCCUCAAGAGACACAGCCCUGCAGAGAGGGGUCAUUCUUUUGAAAGUAGUAGCAGUACAUCAAGAGGACCCUCCUCGGGGCAAGAUCGAUCUGGAGGAAGAGGUCGCCCUAACAAACAUAGUUCUACAGAAAGGGGUCUUUCAGUCAAAAGUAGUAGCAGUCUAUCAAGAGGACCCUCCUCAGAGAAAGAUCAAUCUGGAGGAAGAGGUCGCCCCAACAAACACAGCCCUGCAGAGAGGGGUCGUUCAGUCAGCUGUAGUAGCAGUACAUCAAAAGAACUCUCCUCUGGGAAAGGUCGAUCUGGAAGAAGUGGUCGCCCCAACAAACAAGGCCCUGCAGAGAGUGUUCGUUCUGUCAAAAGUAGUAGCAGUACAUCAAGAGGACCCUCUUCAAAGAAAGAUCAACCUGGUGGAAGACGUCGCCCCAACAAACACAGCCGUGCAGAGAAGGGUCAUUCACUCAAGAGUAGUAGCAGUCUAUCAAGAGAACCCUCUUCAGGGAAAGAUCGAUCUGGAGGAAGAGGUCGCCCCCAAAAUCAAGGCUCUGCAGAGAGUGUUGAUUCUGUCAAGGGCAAUAGCAGUCCAUCAAGAGGAACCCCUACAGGGAAAGAACGUCUUGUAAGAAGAUGUCGCUCCCACAAAAGUAGCCUUGCAGAGGGAUGGUGUUCAACCAAGUGUGGUAUCUGUACACCAAGAGGACUCUCUGCAGGGAGAGAUUGCCCUUCAGGAGAAGGUCACCCAAACAAAAGUGUCUGUGCAGUUGAGGGUCAGUCAGUCAAGGGUAGUAGCAGUCCAUCAAGUGGACCCUCUGUAGCUAAAGAUCCAUCUGGAAGAAGUGGUCGCCUCAAGAGACACAGCCCUGCAGAGAGGGGUCAUUCUUUUGAAAGUAGUAGCAGUACAUCAAGAGGACCCUCUUCAAAGAAAAAUCAACCUCAUGGAAGACGUUGCCCCAACAAACACAGCCGUGCAGGGAGGGGUCGUUCACUCAAGAGUAGUAGCAAUCUAUCAAGAGAACCCUCUUCAAGGAAAGAUCGAUCUAGAAGAAGAGGUCGCCCCCAAAAUCAAGGCCCUGCAGAGAGGGGUCGUUCAGUUGAGGGUAGUAGCAGUCCAUCAAGAGAAACCUUUGUACCCAAAGAUCGAUCUGGAGGAAGAGGUCACCUCAACAGACAUAGCCCCUCAGAGAGGGGUCGUUCAGUCAAGAGUAGUAGCAGUCUAUCAAGAGAACCCUCUUCAGGGAAAGAUCAAUCUAGAGGAAGAGGUCUCCCCAAAAAACAGGGCCCUACAGAGAGUGGUCGUUCAGUGGAGCGUAGUAGCAGUCUAUCAAGAAGAACUGCUACAGCCAAAGAUCAAUCUGGAGAAAGAGGUCGCCCCAAUAAUAGCAGCCCUGGAGAGGAGGGUCUUUUGGUCAGGAAUGGUAGCAGUUCAUCAAGAGGACCCUCUGAGUGGAAAGAUCUCCCCACUGGCCAAAGUUGCCCUUUGAAGGAAAACCACCCUGCAGUGGAGGGGCGCUCAGCAGAGAGUGGAAUUUGUGCAGACAGAGGGCCCUCUGAAGGGCAAGAGCAACCUGCAGUGAGAAGUUGUCCCGAAAAUAGUCACCUUGAAGAGGAAUUUCGGGUUUUUGGAAGGAAGAAAGCUGCAAAAAGAGGGCAUUCUGCAGCGAAAGAUCACCCCUUUAGCAGAGGUCAGCCUCUGAAGAAAAGCCGCCCUGAAGAGGGAUGCUGCUCAGCAGAAGGGGGUAACCAUGCAGAGAGGGAAGCAUCUGCAGGGAAAGAUUACCCCACAGGCAGAGGUCAGCCUCAGAAGAAAAGCCACCCUGCUAAGACAGGGCACUCAGUUAAGAAGAAACCUUCUGCAUGGAAAGAGCCCCACACUGGGAGAGGUCAGGUUUUAAAGAAAAGCCACCCUGCAGAGAGGCAUCCAUCUGCCUCUAUGAAAAUUUGUCCUCCUAAAAAACAUCGACCUGCAGAGAAAGUUGUCUGUGCAAAGAGAGUUCGUUCUCCAGAAAGAUUUCACUCCAUGGAGAGAAUUCAUCUUGCUAAGAAAAGUUGUCCUGCAGAGAGACAGCUCUCUGCUGAGGAAGGUAGCAUGGCAGAGCCUAGUUGCUCCUUUGGGAAAGAUCUUUCAAGAGAAGCAGCUAACUCUUCCCAGGAAAGCUGCACAGCUGAAGAAGGGAGUAGGGAGGACAAUAUGCAUUCUGUGGAGAAAGGUCAUGUCUCCAUGGAGAAAGGCUUCCCUGAAGAGAAACUGUCUUCAGGAUUCGUGUCUAAGGAGACAGAGCCAAACAAUAUGCCGAGUCCUCCAGAAAACAAAAUUGGCAAUGAUACCAAUCAAGUAGCCCAGGUCUCUCACCGUUAUGUGCCUGUGACUGUGAAGAUAAAAAUGGGAGUUGAGUUGAGCUUGCCUGGUGAACUGAAGUCUCGUCUUGUUGAGGACUGGGACUUGGUCACCAAGCAAAAGCAGUUAUUCCAACUUCCUGCUGAGAAGAGUGUAGAUACCAUUCUUGCAGAAUAUGUGACUUUUGUGAAGUCACAAGGGCUUGCUGAUAAUAGAGAAUACUCCGUUGAUGAGCUUGUAUUUGGAAUAAGAGUGUAUUUCAACGACAUGCUGGCCACGCAGCUGCUCUACCAGUUUGAAAGGCCCCAGUAUGCUGAAAUUCACCUAGCUUAUCCUGAUAGUCCAAUGUCUCAGGUUUAUGGGGCUCCACACCUCCUGCGAUUGUUUGUGAAUAUUGGGACUGCAUUGGCCCAUUCACCUCUUAACAGGCAGAGUCUUCUCUUAGUGUGUAACUAUAUGCAUGGUUUUCUUGAAUAUCUUGUAGAGAACUCUACUUUGUUUAAUGCCAACAAUUACAGAGUAGCUUCUGCUGAAUAUUGCUGCAAAGCCCUGUGAAGGGUCAGCUGACCACUUAAUCAGUAAAUAUUUCUGUUUCCUGUUUGCACUGUGUAAUUGAUGUUCUUGAAAACUAUAUAACAGGGCUGAAUGUUUCCAUUCGAUUAUUGUUGUUGUGAGCAGAAAAUAAUAGUGAUUCUUUACCACCAUGUACCAUCAUUCGACAACAAAUAAAUGUUCACUAAA